AUGGACAAGACAAUUUCUCAAGCAAGUGCAGAUUGUUUGCAGAGCUUCACGGACUGCUUGGCCGUCGAGUCACUGGGAAAGGAUGAAUGGGCUGAGAACCGCUUGGCCGACUUUAACCUCUGGGUCUCGGGUACAGGAGCAUCUGCGCAAAAGCGAGCUUCUCUGGACUCCAGACUCGCCCUUGAGCCUCAGGCGCGAGAGGUCAUAUUGACCCUCUUGAACCACCUCGCUGAGGCUGUCAAUCGGUGCAAAGCGUUAGCCCUCUCUGAGAUUAUCAACCAGGACGUGGGGCAUACAGACGAGCAACCCGUUGCGGGAGCACAAACAGGUCGAUCGUCACCUGUUUGGUCAGACGAAUCCACCGACGAAGAGUUGGAGGUAGAAUUAAGACUGCUCGCUUCACGCAGCCCAUUAGGCAAACAAAUGAAAGCUGUGGAGCUGAUGCUCGAUCAGCUUGCCCGAAUCGCUCUCGCAGUGCGAAGAUCAGGUAGACGUUCGCGGCUGCAGAAAGCAGAUCAACGGUUCAAACCGGAAGACCACAGCGACUUGCAAACACAUCUCGUUACAAUUCUACUUGCCCACCCUGACAUUUUAAAGGAGCAAACCGAUCCUGCGAGACUGAGCGAGAUUCAGCAACGCCUGGUUCGGUGCAAUCUGAAGCGUCGAAACCGAUUCUUAUAUGCCCAACGACAUGCUGAAAAGUUAGGGUCAGGUAUUUUACAGAACCAAUCUCACAUACAGCCUAUAGAAGCGACCGAAUCACCUCCGAAUGCUUCUAAAGAGCCCGUCAAGGUAGCUAACGCGCCAGUAAAUCCGACAGUAAGGACAGGCACCAGCGCAUCAGCAGUCAGUAAUGUCCUGGCUCUGCAGCAGAUGCAUAAAUCAGCGCCAGCCGCAUCGACGGUCAUGUCAACGACAGUCCGCUUACUCAAAUAUCCUCACCCCCCAAAGGUUGGGGAGGACGUGCUGAUAUUCAAGUGCCCAUGUUGUUGCCAAGCACUUCCUAGGGUCUUUUUAGAAGGUCAAAAGUGGAAAAAACACCUUGCUCAUGACCUAAGCCCAUACACUUGCAUACUACCCGAUUGCAUUAAACCCGAGACUCUCUUUGCCACAAAAGAGAACUGGCGAGCCCAUCUCCUCAACGAGCACCAUAGUUCUGAGCACUGGAUCUGUUUUUCCUGUCGAGAUGGUAGAAGGUUUCACGAGGAGAAUGCCUUUCGGGAACAUAUUAUCGAAACGCACGCAACAUCCAUACCACAAGACGAUAUUCCGCUAUUGGUUAACAUCUCCAAGCGGACAAUGCCGAUGAGCAUCGGAGCAUGCCCACUCUGCAAUUGGGUGGAAGCUCAAGGAGGCAAAGUGGACGAAGAUGUUCUCCUCGAUCAUAUUGCCAAAGAUGUCCACUCUUUUUCGCUGAGAUCAUUGCCAUGGGCAGAUGACAACGGCGAGGAGACUGACAGAAUAAUGAGCCGAAGCAAGUCCAAGGUUGACAGCUGGCUUAUAAACAAUAAUCUACUGAAUGAAAGCCUUGAGGGAGCCAAAGAAGCCCAGGCGAAGAAAGCCGAUGCCUCCGAUUACUUUCAGCAAAAUGCGUAUUUCGCGGAUAGUUUGGCAACUUCAGCCUCUAGCGAAGACAAAUCGGUCAUUUCAAUAGAAAGAGAGCUGGAGAAAUUGAGGCAAAUGGAUGACUCUCUUACGUUUGGAAGCAUAAAUGAGGCGAGAUCUGAUUACGAAGCCAACGCAAUGGAUAUAUCCGAUACGAAACCUUGCCAAAGCCAGAUGGUGUCUGACGAGAAGAUCGCCCAGCCAUGGAGUAUUAAUACGGUCAAGUGUAUUAAGCAGCUUCGGUGCAAUAGCGUUGUUUAUUCAGUAACUUUCUCGCACGACUCAUCACUUAUAGCGUCAGGUUCACGCGAUGAAACAAUACGGCUAUGGCGUACUGAUACAGGCGAGUGUAUUCAGACGUUUAAAGGCCAUAGUGACACGAUUCGAUCGGUAACCUUCUCGCACGACUCAUCGCUUAUAGCAUCAGGUUCAUAUGAUAAAACAAUCCGGCUAUGGCGUACUAAUACAGGCGAGUGUAUUCGGACGCUUAAAGGCCAUAGUCAUAUAAUUCGAUCGGUAACCUUCUCACACGAUUCAUCGCUUAUAGCAUCAGGUUCAGAUGAUAAAAC